AUGGGCGAGACCUGGAGGGCGGAGGGACGACAGGGGCGGUCCGGGAGGAGGUGUCGCCUGGGCGCAGGUGAAACCGACUCCGACCUCUCCCGGGAACUCGCGCGGCGGGGACUGCCGGGGACCCCGAGUCCCGAGACUCCGCAUCUGCAGCGCCACCACCACGCGCCCCCCACCCGGGACAAGCCAGAGCAGGUGACCUCGGGGACCCCGCACCCCGAGACCCUACGCCGUGGAAGUCCACAUCUGCAGCAUCACCACUUCGCUCCCCCUGCUAGGGACAGGCCGGAGCCGGUGACCCCGGGGACCCCUAGCCCUGAGACUCCACAGUUGCAGCGCGACCGCCCUGCGCCCCCUAUCCGGAACACGCUGGAGCGGGUGACCUCAGGGGCCCUGCAUCUGCAGCGCCAUCCCCCCGCCCUCCCGCCCCGGGACCAGCCAGAGCCAGAGACCCGGAGUCCCCGGCACUCCGAGACCGUGCACCUGCAGCUGCAGCGCACUGAAGAGUGGGUGGCCAAGCACCAGCAGAUGCCUGAGCCCCAGGACCAGGGCCCUGUGCGUGCCUGGUCGGUGCUGCCAGAUGACUUUCUUCAGCUAUGCCCGGAACAGGGCUCCUGUGUCAGGGAGACGGCACCCUCAGAGCUCCCUCUGUCUUCUCCUGGUCUCUUUCUCGAAGUCCCGGCUCAUUCCUCGGAAUCCUGGCUGGGGAAACUGCCAACGACUGUCUUUCGGAGCAUUCGCUGUCAGCUGUCCCUACAGGAUAUGGAUGACUUUGUGGACCAAGAGAGCCAUGGCAGCGAGGAGAGCAGCAGUGGGCCGAAGGAGUCCCCUGGGGGGUCGGAAGAGGGGCUGCAAGGUGCCCCAGGAGUCCCAGACUUGGGAGAGCCCAGAAAUCCAGCGAGGGACUUCUCUGUAUCCCCAGAGGAGGGCAUUGCCAGCCCCAAACCUCAGGACCUCAGAGGGGGCAACCAGCACUCCACACAGGCCCCAGCACCUGCCAAGGAGUCUUUACCCUCGCCAGCUCCUCUCAAACCUCGGAGAUCCCUCAAGAGGAGUCCUCGGGCAGGGAGGGCCGCUCUGUCCUCCUCUGAUGAGGAAUGCCUUGAUGAGGACUCGCUGAAAAGGACUCGUCGUCCACCUCGACCCAGAAAGCCUUCCAAGGCAGGAGCAGUGCCCAGCCCAAGGGUGGAUGUCGCUUUGACACCAAAACUGCCAGGUCGGCCACACAGCUGGCGAGUCCCCAGUGGGGAAGGGCCUGCAGCCUUGGUACCUCACAGAGCUUUUGAGCACAAGUCAUCCCUGGUCCCCUUAGAAGCCAGGGAACAUGAAUGGAUCGUGAAGCUUGCUAGCGGCUCCUGGAUUCAGAUGUUGGCUUUGUUCUGGGAGGAUCCCCAGCUGGCUCUGCACAGGGACUUUCUGACUGGUUACACUGCUUUGCACUGGAUAGCCAAGCACGGCAGCCUCUGCGCCCUCCAGGACUUGGUCUCAGGGGCCCGGAAGGCUGGGAUUGUGCUUGAUGUAAAUGUGAAGUCCAGUUGUGGGUAUACGCCACUGCACCUUGCUGCCAUCCACGGCCAUCAGGGAGUUAUCAAAUUGCUGGUGCAAAGGUUGGCUUCUCGGGUGAAUGUGCGGGACAGCAGUGGGAAGAAGCCAUGGCAGUAUCUGGCCAGUGGUACUUCUGGGGAAAUAUGGCAGCUACUGGGAGCUCCUCGGGGCAAGCCCAUUUUCCCUGUACAUUCUUUAGUCCAAAACUCUUCCCCUACAAGGAAAACCAAGGAUCGGGAUUUAUCUAGAAAUAUUACCCGAAAGACUUCCUUGGCUGCACUACUCAAAAGUCAGCACAACAAAUGGAAAUUGGCCAACCAUCAUGAGAAAUUCUCCAGCCCAAGGGAAAGGGAAGAGUACAGUGACUAGGUGGCUCGUCUCUCCUUGUGCCGCCACCCCUCCCUUUUCUUUGAGCUACUCAAUGAGAGAAUUCAAAGGGAUAGAAAAAGGGUGGAGGAGCUGGUAAAUAGGGAGGUCAGCUCAGUGGAUACAGGGGUCAUCUCACUUUUUUGGGGAGGGUGUUACCAGGGAUUGAACUCUGGCCCUGGCGCUUGUGAUGCAGGUGCCAGAACCAUUGAGCUAAAUUCCCGGCCCUAUUCUCAACUUUUGAAGGCGCAUGUCACUGAAACCUGGACAAGGGGACAGAGCCAGGCCCUCAAAACCCAGGAGCUGUUCUUCCUUCUCCUCUGCCAGGGUGGAACUGGGCACCGUAAGUCACACUGCUUUCUGCAGUCACAAUCUCAGGCGUUGGCAGAAGAAGGAACAAAUGUCUAACAAAAAGAGACACAAUUCGAGGAAUUGACAAAGCUCAGGCAAAAUUUCUCUGGCUGGUAGUUCUCUGGCUUUUCUUCAUUUGGAGAUUAAAUCUUGGCUGAGAGUGGAAAGCAUCAGGUUUGAAAUCAGAUGGCUUUCUCACUUUAUGUGCUUUUUGACAUUCAGAUCAGUGCAAUAAGAUUAUUACUUGAGAGUAGAAUUUGACUAAGGAGAUUCCACUGCCCUGUGUUGGAGUCCUCUUCUGAUCCCACCUGUGGUGGCUGGUGUGGGACCUGAUUGGUGCCUCUUCUGGGUAUCGUCUCCACCGUCCAGAGAAGCAGGUGAAUGAGACCCAGCUGUGACCUCCACUCCACUCCUGAGAAAUGACUGGCUUUUGGGCCUUGUUUUUUUGUAUCAACCCAAUGGGAACUUUCUGAAUAGAAAAACCACAUGGCCCAUUUGCAUAGUGUCUGAAACAAUCUUUCAGGGAAACUCCUUGCGUAACAGUCAGAAUCAUCAUUAGUAGUUUUCAGUAGGUUUGAAUGGCCAAGAGUUGGUACUCACAAAAGAGAGAAAUGAUUUCUCUCUGGGGAAGCAAUAAGGAUAAGGGUUACAAUAAGAAUGGCUCCCCAUCACAACUUUUCUAAGCUGCUAAAUGUAAUUUUAUUUGCACUAAACUUGUUGCCAAUUAAGAUCGUAUAUUAGUACUGUAUAUCUAACAGGAAGGGUUCCUUUUAAUUGCUUGUGAUAGGGCUGACUGUUGUGGGCUGUAGGAGUGAGGGAACGGCUAGUCUAGCCUGGAAACUGCAGCAGAACAUUGAGAUUGCUCAAUGUCAGCCCAAAGAGGGCUGAAAAAUUCAAUGCUCAGGUGGAAGUUGUUAAGUUUUUAUGGUAAUGUUUUCAUGUAUGGUGGCAAUGUUGCUGUAUUUUUAAAGAAUGCUUGUGUUUAUUCUGGUUAUAUUUCCCAUUAAAAGAUGAGCAGAUCUUUAUAAUUUAUUAUAUUGUACUUUUGCUGAUUACUGUUAAUGCUAAUAAUGUACCUCACUGAAAUGUUGUCCCAAUGAGUCUCAAAUAUAUUUGUUUCUUU